UAAAAGGAAUCAAAAUUGAUGAGUUCAGAAACGGUUUUGAACAGUGGAAAAAGCAUCUUGAUAAUUGUAUCAAGCGGAGAGUACUUUGACGGUGACUGAAGCUUGAACAUGAAGCUAUUUUGCCAGCCACUUCAUUAUGGGAGGAGAGAAGUUUGACUCAACCCAUCCUGAAGGUUACCUGUUUGGAGAGAACAGCGAUCUGAACUUUCUGGGGAACAGACCAGUUGCGUUUCCUUACGCCGCCCCACCUCCCCAAGAACCCGUGAAGACUCUGAGGAGCCUGGUCAACAUCCGAAAGGACACACUGAGGCUCGUCAAAUGUGCUGAGGAGGUGAAGAGUCCUGGAGAAGAGGCCAGCAAAGCUAAAGUCCAUUACAAUGUCGAGUUUACCUUUGACACGGAUGCUCGGGUAGCCAUCACCAUCUAUUACCAGGCCACUGAAGAGUUCCAGAAUGGUAUUGCCAGCUACAUUCCAAAAGACAACAGCCUGCAGUCGGAGACUGUGCACUACAAGCGAGGGGUGUGUCAGCAGUUUUGCCUGCCCUCCCAUACGGUGGAUCCCUCAGAAUGGGCUGAAGAAGAGCUUGGCUUUGAUCUGGACCGAGAGGUUUACCCUCUAGUGGUACAUGCUGUGGUGGACGAAGGAGAUGAGUAUUUUGGCCAUUGCCAUGUACUACUGGGUACUUUUGAAAAACACACAGAUGGAACUUUCUGUGUCAAGCCCCUCAAACAGAAACAAGUAGUAGAUGGGGUCAGCUACCUCCUUCAGGAGAUCUAUGGAAUUGAAAACAAGUACAACACACAAGAUUCUAAGGUGGCUGAGGACGAAGUGAGUGAUAACAGUGCUGAGUGUGUGGUGUGUCUCUCAGAUGUCCGAGACACCUUGAUUCUCCCCUGUCGCCACCUCUGCCUCUGUAACACCUGUGCAGACACCCUGCGCUACCAGGCCAACAACUGUCCCAUCUGUCGACUGCCCUUCCGGGCACUGCUUCAGAUCCGAGCCAUGAGGAAGAAAUUGGGCCCCUUGUCACCAACCAGCUUUAAUCCCAUCAUCUCAUCCCAGACAUCUGACUCUGAAGAGCAUUCUUCCUCAGAGAAUAUUCCACCAGGAUAUGAAGUGGUAUCUCUUCUCGAGGCCCUCAAUGGACCCCUCACCCCAUCCCCAGCGGUCCCUCCACUUCACGUGCUUGGAGAUGGCCACCUCUCAGGAAUGCUGCCUUCAUAUGGCAGCGAUGGUCAUCUGCCCCCCGUGAGGACACUCUCCCCUCUGGACCGCCUGUCUGACUGCAGCAACCAAGGACUCAAACUCAAAAAGAGUCUCUCCAAAUCCAUUUCUCAAAACUCUUCCGUGUUGCAUGAAGAGGAAGAUGAGCGUUCCUGCAGCGAGUCGGAGACACAGCUCUCUCAGAGACCAUCAGCUCAGCAUCUCGGAGAGGUCGAAUGUGGUGUGACUCCAGAAAGUGAGAAUCUCACCUUGUCGUCAUCUGGAGCUAUCGACCAGUCAUCUUGCACAGGAACGCCUCUCUCAUCCACGAUUUCCUCCCCAGAAGGCCCUGCCAGCAGCAGUCUGGCCCAGUCUGUCAUGUCCAUGGCAUCCUCCCAGAUCAGCACCGACACCGUCUCCUCCAUGUCCGGCUCCUACAUUGCACCUGGCACUGAAGAGGAGGGAGACCCUCUCCCUUCCCCCCGGGCUGCCAGCAGGGCCCCCUCGUAUGAAGAAGAAGGAGAGGGACUUCCUGCUGAGUCUCCAGAUAGCAACUUUGCUGACCUCCCAGCUGGAGAGCAGGAUGCAGAGGGAAAUGAUGUUAUAGAGGAAGAAGAUGGAUCUCCCACACAAGAAGAUGGCCAGAGGACAUGCGCAUUUCUAGGUAUGGAGUGUGACAAUAACAAUGACUUUGACAUCGCAAGCGUGAAAGCACUGGACAAUAAGCUGUGCUCUGAGGUCUGCUUACCCGGUACCUGGCAGGCUGAUGACAAUGCUGUCAGUCAUCGGAACACCCAGCGCCGGCGCUUGUCGUCUGGCAGCCUGGAGGACCCUGAGAACAGGCCCUGCGUGUGGGGUCCUUUGGCUGUCUGAGAGCCCCAGCGCCUGCACCCAGGCUCCCCUCCUGUCCUCACAUUCCGUCCAUCCUCGCUGGACUGCUGCCCGUGGGCAUCCUCAGCAAGACACGCACAGACUUUUGUAGUCACGCAAAAGCUGGAUGUUGAGUUCAGCUUGCUCCUUCUCCCAGCCUUGUCUCCUAUAACAAUAAUCUUUCCCCUUAGAAGGGACCAGAAGCCCUCCUUUCUCCCUGUGGGCAGAAGCCACUCAGUGAACUGCAGCUCAUAAGACCCUUUGUAGGACUCUCUGGAAUGUUCUCACUGUAUCUUGAUGUUCGGGUGAUGCUGAGGUCCAUGGGCCAGUUGUUUCUUAUGCGCCUUUUUUCUCCUGGGGAGGAAAAGCGAAAAGGCUUGGAAUAUUGGCAGCUUUGUUACAAAUAUC